UUUCCUGCUACGGAUACAAUCUUCGUCACCGGUCUCAAGGUCCUCAUUUCAAAAUGUUCCUACUGGCUGCAUUUUUUAUUUCAUCAGUCACUUGUUGCUACGGUUACUAUACUGUAGUAGACGCUAAUUCAGAAGAUUGCUUCUUUGACCGUGUUGCUAGUGGUAGCAAGCUUGCACUACACUAUGAGGUUGCUGAAGGUGGUUUUCUUGAUAUAGAUGUUGUUGUUUAUAAUCCAAGUGGUGCCAAAGUAUUUGAAUCACUCAGAAAGUCUAAUGGGAGACCAGAAUUUCUUGCAAAUGAACCUGGGGAUUACAAGUACUGUUUUGGAAAUCGGAUGAGUUCUAUGACACCGAAGGUGAUAUUAUUUGAAAUGGCUAUAGAGGAAGACCACUUAAAAGCUAACGAAAGUGAUGAUGAGGCACAUAAAAAAUUGGUGUCUAUGGUAAACGAGUUGUCACAUUCUAUCUCUUCCGUCAAAUUAGAAAUGGAAUAUGUAUCUCUGAGGACUCAAGUACAUUGGGAAAUAAACAAAAACACCAACUUCCGUGUGGUUGUUUGGGCUGCAUUUGAAGCAUUCCUAAUAAUAGCAAUGAGCAUUGGUCAAGUUUUCUAUCUCAAGCGCUUCUUCGAAGUGAGGAGAUUGGUCUAAUUGGCUGCAAGUUUUUAUACGACUAAUCAAUAGUGUCUCGAGUAUUUUUAUGUUUUGUCCCAGACGAUUGUACAGAAUACCCAUUUUCGUAACUUGGUUAAUGUUCUUCCAUGUUUGGAUCUCUGUAUGUAUCUGUCGUAUUGCCAAUAUUGAUCAGUUCUAUUAUAUUUGAUGGUUAUCAGAUGGUUCUGCUGACUUUGGCUAUGAUUUCCUCACAAUUUUCUCUGUACUAUUUCUCACAUAAAACCCUGGUUUUCUUUGGGGUUUUGUUCUGAGUAUCUGCCAACAAGGGUUCAAACGGUA